AUGAGAGCCCCGUCUCGCCGGGGGUUGCUCCUCGCAGUCCUCGGGCUUACAUUCAUUGAUCCUAGCGCCGCGAAUUGCGAGUGCGGCUACUCAGUGACCACGGGCGGCAACGACGAGGACGCCAGCACGCAGCUCUUUACCGACCUGCUCGAGUCGGACUUUGUGCACGUCGAUUUUGUCGGCGCCGACUCGCAGGGCCGGAAGGGGUGGGCGGCGCAGGAGUAUAAUAAAAGCGGCACGGACGCGCGCGGGCCCUACGGCGAGGCCUUCGUCUUGGAAAAUGUGAAGGGGAGCCUGCUGGCGGAUGCCGGAGCCUGGACGGGCAACGGGUCGGGGGGCGGAGACGCCGGCCUGCAGCUCACGGUCGGGAGCGAGGUCAUGGACGGCAUGGUGCUGAGCGCCGAGGCGGCGACGACGGGCUUGGACUACUUGUACGGAAGCUACCGGGUAGGAAUGAAAGUCACAGAUGUGCCGGGGACUUGUAGUGCUUUCUUCUGGUACUUCAACGACACGCAGGAAGUCAACAUCGAGUUCCUCUCGGCCGACUUCGACGCCGACACCAGCACGUACCCGGUCAACCUGGGGCUGCAGACGCCCGAGUCCCGGGCCUCGGGCUAUAACGCCUCGCAGGCGGGCACCUUUGCGACGCACAACCUGCCGUUCGACCCCUCGGCCGACUUCCACGAGUACCGCUUCGACCUGCUGGCCGACCGCGUGCUGUUCUACGCCGACGGCGCCCUGCUGGCGACCAUGGCGAACAACAGAAGCAGCAGCAGCAGCAGCACGGACGGCGGUGCCGUGGUCGUGCCCUCGGAGCCGGGCAACCUGCUGCUGAGCCACUGGAGCAACGGCGACCCGGACCGGAGCCGCGGGCCGCCGCCCGCCGACGCGACCACGGCCGUCCGCUACGUCAAGGCCUACUACAACUCGACGGCGGCGGGCCGGCGCGCGGACCUGGCGGCGCGCUGCGCGGACCCCACGGGCCCGGCCGCCGUCUGCGCCGUCCCCGAGGGCGACGCGACCUUCUUCUUCGCGUACCAGGCCAACAUGACGGUCAACCAGACGACGUACGCGGCGGGGGACAGCGCGGCGGGGAGGACCGAGGCGCCGGCGUCGGCGGCGGUGGCGCUGCUGGGUACCCUGGCGGUCGUCAUGUGGGCUUGUCUGUCUUAA